UUUAGCGUGGAGGGGAAGCGCGUAGAGCGGAGGGGGCGGUGCGGGAACAGUGGCUCCAUAAUAACCGUAACAAUAUCGAUAAUCCGCUUGUGCUCGCUUUAACGCCGCCAGCGACGAGAGGCGAGGAGUUUUGUUUUUAACGCACGUGAGGACCUGAAGCCAUGCAGCGAGCGUUAACGGCUAAGCGCGCGCUGCCUGUGAGGAUGUAGACCGCGCGCUUCGCUUCUCGCCCGUUGGGUUUGAUUUCUGCGCUUUUUGUGCAUUUCUCGCCUUUGUUUGGGGGUCGUGCCGUUUCAUGCCAGAGCGGCCGGUAGAGCGAGAGAAAGAGAGAGAGAGCCGCGGGUCGCUGGAGGUUCGGCUUUUUGUUGUGUUUUUGAUGCCAUCGUAGCGCUGGAAUCGAGCUGAGCUGAAGAAGAUGUGGGUGAACCCCGAGGAGGUGCUCCUGGCCAGCGCGCUGUGGAUGACCGAGAGGGCCAAUCCGUACUUCAUCCUACAGAAGCGGAAAGGACACGGAGACGGCGGAGGAGGGCUGGCCGGUUUGCUAGUGGGAACUCUGGACGUAGUGCUGGACUCCAGUGCCCGUGUGGCCCCGUACAGGAUCCUUUACCAGACGCCCGACUCUCUGGUCUACUGGACCAUUGCUCACGGGAGCUCUAGAAGAGAGAUCACUGAACACUGGGAAUGGCUGGAGCACAACCUGCUGCAGACUCUGUCCAUCUUUGAGAAUGAGAACGACAUCACUACUUUCGUCAAGGGCAAGAUUCAGGGUAUCAUUGCUGAAUACAACAAAAAUCAUGAUAUCAAAGAGGAUGAUGACACUGAUAAGUUCAAGGAGGCCAUAGCGAAGUUCCGGAAACUCUUUGGAAUGCCGGAGGAGGAGAAGCUGGUGAACUACUACUCUUGCAGUUACUGGAAGGGUAAAGUGCCCAGGCAGGGCUGGCUCUACCUCAGUAUUAACCACCUCUGCUUCUACUCCUACCUGCUGGGGAAGGAGGCCAAGCUGGUGGUCCGCUGGGCAGACAUCACACAGCUGGAGAAGAAUGCGACCCUCCUGCUGCCGGACAUGGUGCGAGUCAGCACCCGCUGCAGCGAGCACGUCUUCUCCGUCUUUCUCAAUGUCAACGAGACCUUUAAGCUCAUGGAGCAGCUGGCCAACAUCGCCAUGAGGCAGCUUCUGGACAACAAGGGCUUUGAGCAGGACCGCUCUCUGCCCAAACUCAAGAAAAAGUCACCCAAGAAAGUGUCAGCCCUCAAGAGGGAUCUUGACGCCAGGGCUAAAAGCGAGCGCUACCGAGCGCUGUUCCGCCUGCCUAAAGACGAGAAGCUGGACGGCCACACGGACUGCACGCUGUGGACCCCCUUUAACAAGAUGCACAUCCUGGGCCAAAUGUUUGUCUCCACAAACUACAUCUGCUUCACCAGUAAAGAGGAAACCACCUGCAGCCUCAUCAUCCCCCUCAGAGAGGUGACCAUUGUGGAGAAGGCAGACAGCUCCAAUGUCCUGCCCAGCCCUCUGUCCAUCAGCACCAAGAACCGAAUGACCUUCCUGUUUGCCAACCUGAAAGAUCGAGACUUCUUGGUGCAGAGAAUCUCAGACUUCCUGCAGCAGACCUCCUCCAAGAUCUACUUUGAGAGGGAUAUCACGGGCAGCCUCAACAGCUCUGAUGACGAGGUGUACUCCCAGCAGGGCAGUCUGCUCUCCUGUAGUCCUCAGCGCAGCAGUCUCGGCUCCGAGGGCGAGAGCGAGCGCCAGUUCAACCUCAAUGACAACAGCGUUCCCACAGCAACGCAGGCCCUCAUGACCAUGUACCGCCGCCGCUCACCCGAGGAGUUCAACCCCAAACUGGCUAAGGAGUUUCUGAAGGAGCAAGCCUGGAAGAAUCACUUUGCAGAGUACGGGCAGGGCGUGUGUAUGUAUCGCACAGAGAAGACCAAAGAACUGGUGCUCAAAGGAAUUCCAGAGAACAUGAGAGGAGAGCUGUGGCUGCUGUUUUCUGGGGCGAUUAAUGAGAUGGCCACUCACCCGGGGUAUUAUGAGGAUUUGGUGGAGAAGUCUAUGGGGAAGUAUAAUUUGGCUACAGAGGAGAUAGAGCGGGAUCUUCACCGCUCACUUCCAGAGCAUCCAGCCUUUCAGAAUGAGAUGGGCAUCGCUGCCCUCAGGAGAGUUCUGACUGCAUACGCCUUCCGCAACCCCAACAUCGGCUAUUGCCAGGCAAUGAACAUCGUGACGUCAGUGUUGCUGCUCUAUGCUAAAGAGGAGGAGGCUUUCUGGCUGUUGGUGGCGCUGUGUGAAAGGAUGCUGCCAGACUACUAUAACACCAGAGUUGUUGGUGCAUUAGUUGAUCAGGGUGUGUUUGAAGAACUCGCCCGUGUCUACGUACCUCAGCUGUAUGACUGCAUGCAAGAGCUUGGUGUGAUCUCCACCAUCUCUCUCUCCUGGUUCCUCACACUCUUCCUGUCAGUCAUGCCUUUCGAAAGCGCUGUGGUGGUCGUGGACUGCUUCUUCUACGAGGGCAUCAAGCUCAUCUUCCAGCUGGCGCUGUCCGUCCUGGAUGCCAAUAUACACCAGCUGCUCAACUGCAAGGAUGACGGAGAGGCCAUGACAGUGCUGGGCAGGUAUCUGGACAGUGUGACCAAUAAGGACAGCACUCUGCCGCCAAUCCCACACCUCCACUCCCUCCUCACAGACGAUGGUGAGCCUCACCCUGAGGUGGACAUCUUCAAACUCGUCCGCAGCUCCUACGAGAAAUUUGGCUUCAUUCGAGCGGAUGUGAUUGAACAAAUGCGCUUCAAACAGAGGCUCAGGGUCAUCCAGACUAUCGAGGACACCACAAAACGCAACGUGGUUCGCACCAUUGUGACAGAGACAGCCUUUAGCAUUGAUGAGCUGGAAGAGCUGUACUCCCUCUUUAAGGCAGAACACCUGACCAGCUGUUACUGGGGUGGCACCAGUAACCCAAUGGACCGCCACGACCCUAGUCUGCCCUACCUGGAGCAGUACCGCAUGGACCUGGAGCAGUUUAAAGGGCUGUUCACUGUGCUGUUUCCUUGGGCCAGCGGCACACACACCGACAGCCUGGCCCUGCGCUUCUUCCGGCUGCUUGACCAGAAUGCAGACGCGCUCAUCAACUUCCGAGAGUUCAUCACAGGCCUGGGUGUUCUGUGCCACGGCGACCUGACGGAGAAACUGAAACUCCUCUAUAAGAUGCACUUACUGCCAGAGCUGCAUCACGAACAGGACGAGCCAGAUUCCGCUUUUGAGGCCACACAGUACUUCUUUGAGGACAUCACCCCUGAGACAUCCCACGGCCAUGACCACAAGGGCAAAAAUGAGAAAGAUGAUGGCUUUGUCAGAGUCACCUUCAAGAAUGAAAAAGUGAAGAAGAUGCACACGCCGGACUACCGUACUUACCUGCGGCUGUGGAACCAGGAGACCAAAUCCAAACCAGAGAACAUGAAGGAUCUCCCAAAACUCAACCAGGGUCAGUUCAUAGAGCUCUGUAAGACACUGUAUAACAUGUUCAGCGAGGACCCCAAUGAGCAGGAGCUCUACCACGCCACAGCCACCGUCACCAGCCUGCUGCUAGAAAUGGGUGAGGUGGGAAAGCUCUUCUGUAGUCCUUCCAGCAGGGAGGAUGAUGAUGACUAUGAUGAAGAGGAAGAAGACCGACCUGUGAUGCACAGGAGGAAGCAGCGGAGGGUUCAUGGAGACUCUUUCCAUUCCUCCACUGAAGAGACCCAUGCGAAGCUCUCCAUCACAGGGUCUGGCGGCGCAGCUGACAGUGAACUAAACUCCAGCUGCAUCACUGGGCCCAUGGAGGACAUAAAGCUGGAAGACUCAUCGCCCAAAGACAAUGGCACAUCCUCCGCCAUGCUGAUAUCGGAUGAUGAGACUAAAGAUGACACGUCCAUGUCCUCCUACUCUGUCCUGAGCGCCGGCUCUCAUGAGAUGGAUGAUAAGCUGCAGUGCGAAGACAUAGCAGAAGACACAGUGCUGGUGCGCAACAGUGGGCCCCUUGGUGGAGCUGGGCCUCACAGUGGAGCUGGGCCCCAUGGCGCAGGUGGCCUUCCACACAGUGCCAGCAUUGAUAAAGACUGGGCUAUCACCUUUGAGCAGUUCUUGGCCUCCGUGCUCACUGAACAAGCCCUGGUGCAGUACUUCGAGAAGCCCGUGGACAUUGCGGCUCGAAUCACCAACGGCAAAAAUGUGCGCAAAGUGGGCCAGGCGCAUGUUUCUGUCAGCGACUAUGAAAUCUCACUCUCGGGCUAAUAACGUGCUAUUUUCACGCGUCUAUUUUAAACCGUGUCUGUACUGCAAACUGAUCACGUCAAAGCAAAAGGGGCACAAACUACAUGUACAUGCACACGGUUCAUCUCUUUUCAACUACCUUUUCCUUGGCCAGUCCAGGCCUCACCUUGAAAGUCCGUAUAUUUCUCUAAGACACUGGAUAUUUUGGAAUGAAAAGAAAUGGCUCUUGCCUGUGUAUUUUCUCAAAUGUGAAUUCAUCCUGAAGAAUCUGGGCCAAAAGAAGGACUCUGAAUGGUUCUCACUUGUUUCAGACUGAAAUGGAUCAGAUCUUUUUACCCAUAGAAAGGCUGAAUGGACCUAUCCACAUAUUAUAUGCUAGAGUGCGCUUGGUGUACUUUAUAUGGAGUAAUGUUGACAACUAACAGUAAGUAAUACAGUUAGACUGUGUAUAGUAGUGUUGUGUCUACACUUAUACUGCCUAGUCAGGGAGUGACCAGUCCUUGUCUUUGAAACUUGAAAGGAGACAGUUUGUAACGUUGAAGUGGACUUGUAAGGAAUACUUUGCCCAAAAAUGCUUCAGUCGCUAGUAAUGAAUGCAAGCUGCUUGGGUUUGGUUAACGUUAUGCAAAUCCAAUUACUGUUAGCCAUGUUAGCGUUUCUGAGCUAAUCUAUUCCUCUUUACCAUAACAAUAUCACAAAUCUUGAAUGUAGGAUACAAUAGACAGGUGGAGACCUGGUCUUAAGGGAAACUGUGAGGGCACGAGUGGAGGAGGAGGACUGAAAUGACCAAAUUCCCUGACAUAUAGAGUUAGCAUGGCUGACCUGAUUCAAACAGUUCUUGUGGGAAAUCACUACGAUACAGGCUUAUGUACAGACGUCUCUGGCAGCCUCUCAGUCCACCGUCUACAGAUGCGUCUUCUUAUUUGACAAAUAGGGCACUAGGUAGGGAACAAAUGUUGGCUUAAGGCCUAUAUAGUGUAAUACUUGUGAAAUGGGAAGCCAUCUGGGAUUUUCUCUCUCUCUCUCUCUCUCUCUCUCUCUCUCUCUCUCUCUCUCUCUCUCUCUCUCUCUCUCUCUCUCUCUCU